CAGUCAUAAACACCCCAGGAUGUGGCACGCACAUUGAUGAUGUCAUUCACGUAGAACAACAACAGCCUCUCUCACAAGGAUACACAACACAACUUAGCCGCUUAAUUACCACCAAACUGCUGACUACAGUACUUUACAUACAUUAAAAAGGUCUUUAAAAAGUAAGGGUUAGGUCAGGCCGUUACGGUAGUUUAAGCUAACGUUAAUUGAUUUAUUUGAACGAAGAAGACAUCUUACAGCUAUCGUUAAAUAUGUGUCAGUCCGCGGCGGUGAUGCUAACGACGCGUUAUUAGCCAUCUAUAAAACUUUAAUGGAACCAUACGGUAUAUAUCUAACACCAGCUUUUUUAAAUAAUUGAUGUGCUGGUAUGUCGUUAUGAUUCAUAUCAACUUGACAUAUCAGGAUUCUGCAAUGUUAAAGGUGCAUUCACAAGUCUCUCAAUGAGAGAACGCGACAAAAGGAUGAUCUUGAAGAAGAAUUAACCACUAAUAUUGACGAACAUGCCUCAAAGGAAGAGAGCCCUCGUUCCCAUAAGCACAAGGAGAAGGCUUAAAACAGAUGAAGACUACUUCCCUUUCAAUUCACUGCCAGUGGAAUGUCAACUCCACGUACUGUCGUUCCUUAGUGAGGUGGACAAAUGCAACUCUGCACUUGUUUGCGUAAGCUGGAGUUGUCUGGUGCGCUCUGGGAAGCUCUGGAGAGUUGCCGACUAUUCACGCCGUGGGGUUUUUCACCUGGGCCAAGAGGGUCUGCUUGUUUCCAACAGAGAGUUUGAGCGCUGGAAAGCUUGGGUUCACCAUUACACCCACCAUCUUAUAUCCCGUGGUGCUAGCUUGCUCACUCUCAAGGCCAGUUUCGAUCUCGGGGAUGAGUGCAAUAAGUGGGUAGAACUUCUUUCUCACCUACUGGAGAACGUCCAUUGCAGAGAUCUCAGUCAUUUGGAUUUAAACUGGACGUUCACGCUGCUGGAGCCCCUUGACCUUCGUGUCCACACCAGUUCGAGUUCUCAUCAAGACAACAUCACCAAGAUGGACCAAGUCAAUAACUUUCAGAUUCUUUUGGCCAAGCUUGUGCACAGCUGCCCCAGGAUAACCAAAAUGCGGCUGCACUUUGACUGGUCCGAAACGUCGGUUUCAUUGAUUACUCAAUUCCAACAUCUCCGUGUCUUAGAACUUAAGUACUUUUGGGUAUUUAAAGGUGUCAGUCCGAACACUUUACAGACUGUGACUAAAUCGCUGCCCAAUCUCAAGUCCCUUACGCUUCACGUUCUGGUGCCACUGCGGAAUUUAGGCAUCUCCUACACUCUCGAAUCCUUGUCUCUUGAGUUCCUGGAUGUUUCGCCCAGUCGUGGUCUGGUGUUCUCCUGCCUCAACCUACCGGCGCUGCGAGAGCUGCGGGCCAAAAAGAUUGUUCGGGGCAUAACUCUGGACCGCCGAACCCGACUCAGAAUACAGAGCAGGUGGCCUUGCCUGUAUCAGGUCUUACGUGAAGGGACACCCAAAUUACAGGCCCUUAACAAUGAACGACUCCUUCCAAACUGGAAAGAGCAAAGUUACAGAGAGUUGACCUCAAUCCUCCAGCAAUCUUGCUAUUGUCUUCAGCAUUUAGACAGUUGGCUGUGGUGAAGAUGAGUUUUAAAACAAUCUUAGAGACCAAAAAUAUAAUCCAUUCUUAUAACCAUGAGCAGAUACUUCAAGCCAUGAUCUAAGCCAGCAGCAUAGGAGAUAAAUGUACAUAUUUUUAUAACCCUAAAAUACAGGUAAAAUAAAAAGUGUUACUGUUACAGCUUGUGUAGUGCUACCAUGGAUUAAAUGAAGAAAAUGUCCAAGCAUAAGACAUUAUUGUGGUGUGUACAUUUUUGAAGAGCUUAGGGGAAUUCUGCUGAAUUGUUCUAUUGUGCAAAAAGAAACAGGUCUGGGGAGGACAACGCGGAUUGCAGCAAUUGAGUGUGGAUCACACUGACAAGAAUUAUUAUUUUAAAAAAAAAAUUCUGUUACAUUUCACAUUUUGUGUUUCGGUAGGAAAAUAGUUUUCGCCUUUGUGUUCGUCACUGUUCUAAACCAGAUUUUAUUUCAGUGUUUAGUAUUCUGCAAUCUGUGACAAAAAAUUCAGACAUUCCUAAUGAUAAAAUCCCCUUCUAUUUUUCUUAUCAAAUAGUUUAGAAACAAUCUUUUUUGUUUUGUUUAGUUUUAGUCCUCUUACUUCAUGAACUGGAAUUUCAGUGGAAGGAUUUUAUUUUUGAAUAAGUCCAUGAUCUGGUAUUUUAAGGUUAUUCACAUGAGUGAAAAUAUGUAUUGUGAUGUAUUCCUGUGUUAGUCUAUGUUUGGUGCAUCAAAAGAAUUGAAACUUUGUAACUACUUAAAAUGUUACAUUAGAAUAAGUUAUUCUUUAUGUAAUAACUUGAAUCAAUGAAUAAGCCUAUUUGACUGGGAUAUAAUGUGCAUAUUUGUGCUAAGCAUUUCUAUAAUAUUAAUCUACCUUAAAGACAUAGUGUGCCUUAAAUAAAGUUUUCAGCCCAGAUCAUUUUCUUUAUCAUUUUAUGAAGUGAUAAUACUGCAUGUAGCCUCAAAAACUAAUAGACCAAAUUGUGUUAUUCAUUUUAUGUGCUUUUUGUUGUUGUGAUCUGCAGUUGCAUUUUCUUGUAAACGUUGUUUCCUGAUGGAUGCAGUUUGUGUGCAGUACUUCAUACUCGUCCACAGGAGGUCACAAUACUCUUCUUUUUCACUUGUGUUUCUUAUCACCCUUAAAACGUGAUCUUUUCAGAAGUGGUGCUGUGAAUGAAAGAAUUGUGAGGAAUUAGAUCUUCUACAAUAAUUGUAUUUUUUGUCAUUUUAAGUAAUAACAUUUGUACGGGUUAGUUUGGUUUUGGUAACAAAUACAUUCUAUUCA